UUAGUUGAUUGAGGUAGGCGCAGUGGCAGCACCGUCGGCUGCAUGCGCAAGAGCACGGUAAAUAGUUUGUUCGAAAAGCUGUUACGAUUCAAUUGAAAGUGAUAAGUGCUGUUUUGAUACUACAUUGUUAUUUGUGAAAAGGUAUAUCACACACGGGAGGACUUCAGCUACGUCAAUAUCCCCCAAGAUAAAAUGGCGACGGCAACAGUUUUACUCGCGUUGGCGCUAUGCUGUGCUGCAGAGGGCAUUCACCUUAGCUACCGACCGGCAACAUCGCAACUCUUCUUGCAAACCACACCAGGUUUCCACGUCUCUGGACCUGCAGCCGCCUUCGCGAGGGUAGCAGCAUUUGGGCCCCAAACUGAAAGACGGCGUGUCACUGGAUUUGGCCCGACACCUGAUCCAGCCUUCUUCGGACAAACUGCAAGUUUCAGCAACCCACCUCCUCCGCCUGGCGCGGAUCAGGACCCAGCUUCUCAGACUUGUGGCCUAGCGCCCCCAUUCUGCGCCAAGUCCCGUUACAGAAGCAUUGAUGGUACCUGCAAUAACCUCCAAAGACCUGACUGGGGUAUUCCUAAUACACCUUUUGGUCGAAUGGCGCCGUAUGACUAUGAAGAUGGUGUGAGCGCUAUAAAGACCCUCUCGAAGACGGGCCGACCUCUGCCAAAUUCUCGUGAACUUAGUCUUCGGCUGUUCCCUGACCUGCAAGUCAUUGACCCCGUAUGGACCCUAAACACCCAACAAUGGGGACAAAUUAUAACCCACGACAUGUCACUAUCAGCUGGCGAAGUACAAGCUCCGGAUUUCAAUCCACCGAAUAAGGAGUUGACGAACUGCUGCGAUGACAACGGUAGACUGACGUUUACUGCCCAAACGAACCCGUCUUGUGCACCCAUACUCAUCCCUCGUAAUGACCCUGUGCAUGCUCCACAAGGAACCCAGUGCAUGAACUUUGUAAGGACUGGAACUACCAGGGAUAGAGGGUGCACUCCUCCUAAUGUUCCUGCUCAACAGCUAACGGUAGUCACAGCCUUCAUGGAUCUCUCAAUCGUCUACGGUAGCAGUCAAAUUCAGGCUGACCCCAUCAGAGCUCGUCGAGGAGGUCGUUUGUUGACCACAGUCAGGGGAGGCCGGGAAUGGCCGCCCCAGGAUCCUAACUCAACCGUCAUCUGUGAAACUGCAAAGUCACCUAAUGAACCCUGCUAUUUGACCGGUGAUAUCCGUGCAAACCAAAAUCCUCAGCUGACGACUCUCCAAGUGAUACUCUUGAGGGAACAUAACCGUAUCGCUGACGCUCUAGCUCAACUCAACCCUCACUGGAACGAUGAGACCAUCUUCCAAGAAGCAAGACGUAUCCACAUUGCUCAGAUACAACACAUCAACUAUUAUGAAUACCUUCCUAUUUUGUUAGGUUUUGAGAACAUGGUGAAGAACAAGCUCAUCUACCCUGGAGCCCACGGCUAUAUAAACGACUACAACCCUGGAGUGGAUCCCUCCAUCCUCAACGAACACGCCACCGCUGCUUUCCGUCACUUCCACACCUUGAUCAGAGGUUACUUGAAACUAAUCUCAGAAAACCGUCGCGCCAUCGGAGCCGUGCGCAUGAGUGACUGGUUCACCCGGCCGCUACUGUUGGAGCUCGACAACGCCUUCGACCACUUGGUUCGAGGACUUACCACCCAGGAGCAAGACUUCAGCGACCAGUCCUUCGAUAGUGAAAUCACUCAGUUCCUGUUCAAGCGUAACAAUACUUUUGGAGGUGACCUGCGUGCGAGAGACAUCCAAAGAGGCCGUGACCACGGCUUGGCAUCGUAUGUAACCACCAGGGCUGCCUGUGGUCUUCCUGCUCCUAAGACCUUCUCUGACAUGUUGGACUUCAUUUCUAAAGAGAACGUGGCUGCCCUCCAAAACCUGUACGAGACUCCUGAAGACGUGGACCUGGUGGUAGCUGGUUCCUUGGAGCGCAACGUGCCUGGAGCUCAAGCUGGUCCGACCUUCCUCUGUAUCCUCACGGAACAGUUCUACAGAACACGUGUUGGUGACAGAUACUUCUAUGAAAAUGGAGCUGAUCCUGACAUUGCUUUUACACCAAGCCAGCUCGAGACGAUACGCAAGGGGGCAUCAAUGGCGCGGCUGCUGUGUGAUAACAGUGACGGAAUACAGAGCAUGCAGCCCAGAGCCUUCCAACAGUUAUCGCACACGAACGAGCUUGUUCCCUGUGAAUCGCUGCCAGCUGUUGACCUAACUUUAUGGCAAGACGCAAGAGGCCAUUUUUAAUACGUAAGAAAUAGCAUUAAAUAAAAAAGAAAACAAAUUAAAAUGUCACCUAGAACUAUCAAAGUUUAAUUUGUUAAGAACUUUCGCAAAACGAAACUUCUACAGUAACAGUUGUACAACACUAUUACAAUAAAUUGGAAUAAUAGUUUUUUUAAACUUAGUGACGUGACGUUUUAAGUUAAAUAACUUAACAGUUAACAAUUCUGUGCUUCUUUAACAAGUUUUAUCGACAUGACUAAGCUAACAUUUUCGAUAUAAGUUUAUUUGUCCAAGAAACUCUUUUUCAAGUUCAUUUUCAAAUGUAUACAUUUUUAUUUUAUUUAUUUGUACAGAUUUUGACACUAAGUUGUAUAAUAAUGUGUGAACAUGGCCAUUUUUUAUAUGUUUGUGCUAUUUUAGAAUACGUAAGUACAUGUUUUGACAAAACCUGAGUGGAUAAUAAUAUAUUAUUUUCAUACUAAAGAUAUGAAUGGAACGGAAGAAAGUUGUGUUGUGUGUUUGUAAUGCCGAAUUAAUAAAGAAUUAUUUUUAUGUA